AUGCCUGAGGAGGGUGAAGGCGAGAAGAAGGACAAAGAUGAGGAGGAAGAGCCCGAGUUGUUUGUGGGCGACUGCGUGCGAAUAUGUGGCAGCAUGGCGGAAGUCAAGAAGCACCUAGAGGCAGUUGACAUGACUUGGGAGGGGAGCUUCAUGGGCGUCCUGGGAAAGAACGGCGUGGUGAAGGCUGUCCGUUUCCACCCGGGAGACGACAAAGCACGACAGAUCUGUGUGGUGAACGUUCACGAAGGCCCCGAGCUUUCUCUUCCAGGCGCCUCGCUCACGGUGGUCGAAGAUGAUGAGAGCGACAAGGAAAGUGUCGACAAAGGGAGUGAUGAUGAGGAGGAGGAAGAAGAGGAGGAGCGAGUUCGGGUGCCGCUCCGUGUCAACAUGCGAGUCGAGGACAUGAAGCGAAAGAAGAAAAAGAAGGUCUGUAUCGGAGUGAUCUUGGAGCUCGGUGAGAGCGAAACCAAUGUGAAAUACGAGGAUGGUCGCACCAAGCGGGUUGCCAACACAAGAUUGCGGCCCUUGGAGCGUGUAACGCGCGAUGCUACUGGCUACUCUGGCGAUAGCAGCUUCAAUGACUUCCGCUUUACCAAGAACUGCCUCCCGACAGGGAUUGAGGUUGUUGGUGACGGCGCUGACUUGGAGAAAAAUCGAGCAGGUCAAAGCUACCUGCUGCUGAAGAAGAACACCUACUUGAGGGUGCCACUACGGGGCCUUCGUCAUGAGAAGCUGCGGCCUGGGGAGCCUAUCCCUCGUUACACUCUCUCCCUGGAGGUUCGCCUUGCAGACAGCCACAGACGACUGGGAGAUUCUCCCUGGUCGCUCUUCCAGGCGAGCUUUCCAGAUCCGCACUCCACCGACGAGCUUUGUGUUGUCGCUGAAGACAAGCCGCACAAGCGCAAGUGGAAGGUGCUGACCAAAGAGAACGGUCUCGUGGUGAAUGCGGAAGCGGAUCCCAACUCCAAGGAGUUGUGCCGGCUUCCUGCCAAUGCCGUGGUCGUCGAGGAUGGCAUUCCGCCAAAGCGGCUUCCAACGGGCGAACGCCGGCUUCGCAUCCGCUACAAGGCCGAUGCGGCAAAGCAAGCCGACGGGGACCUUGCAAUCGACACCAUGGAACCCGAGGAGUUUGUCGUGGAGGUCGAAGCAGGAUACUUUGGAAACGACUUCGGAGCGGCUGCGACGGCCAUUCGAAUCUGUUCCAAGGGGGUCCUGAAGACCCUGAACUUCCGCCCUGGUGUCGAGGGAGGCCUCGCCGGGGUGGACGGGGAGGCCGGCGCGAACAUCGGCUGGACACCACGUGAUCGGCUGAUGCACAUUGUGCGGAUCACCAUCCGGAAGACAGGCUUUGGCAUGUUGAUGGAUGCAGUGUUACUUUAG